AUGAUCCGCUCAACACAGAUUGCGAGGCUAGACGGCCUCAUGCUGUGCGCCUCAGUAGACGACUCUGAGACGGAGCUCGCCCUCUCCGAAGUAAAGGGCCAAGUGAAACUGGUCCUGCGGCGGCUCAGCAGGACGUCGGAGCCGCAAGCGUCUAUCGAGAGCGGCGCGUACACACUGCACUACCUGAUCGCAUCCGACAUCGUCUACAUGGCCAUCACGGACCGCGCCUACCCGCGCAAGCUCGCCUUUACGUAUCUAUCCGACCUGGCCACCGAGUUCUCGACGACCUACCCGGCGCAGCAGCUCCUCAGCCCUGUGCUGCGGCCGUACGCCUUCAUGGAAUUCGACACCUUCAUCAGCCGGACCAAGGCGACGUACAGCGACGCGCGGGCAACGCAGAAUCUGGAUAAGCUAAACGACGAGCUGCGGGAUGUGACCAAGGUCAUGACCAAGAAUAUUGAGGAUCUGCUGUAUCGCGGGGAUAGCCUGGAGCGGAUGGGGGAGCUGAGCAGCAGGCUGAGGGACGAUAGCAAGAAGUAUCGGAAGGCGGCGGUCAAGAUCAACUGGGAUUUGCUGAUGAAGCAAUACGGGCCAUUUGGUGCUCUGGGAUUGAUCAUACUGGUGUUUCUGUGGUGGAGGUUCUUUUGA